AUGCCACCAUCUUUGCCCGACUUUUCGCAGCAAUCUUCGGAAGGAAAGGGUGAAGAAUGGAUCAAUCUCCGACAGCGUGAUGUAUCUCAAUUUGACAAGGACGAUGAAACAGUUUUAUCAUCCCACAAUGUCGAUAUGUUCGUGGGCGAUAAAUUCUUCCGAACCGUUGAGCCGAACUGUUUUGACCCAAUGGUUCGAAUAAAGGAAAUGGAUGCCACAGGUGUGGACAUCCAAGUGAUCAGCACAGUGCCUAUUCUAUUUUCAUAUGAUAAGCCUAUCAAACCGGCUACAUUGUUAGUCCGCUGCCUGAAUGACCACAUUGCAUCGGUCUGUCACGAAUACCCCAAGCGCUUUGUGGGACUCGCAACUGUUCCAUUGCAGGAUGUUGCAGCGUCAGUGGUUGAGCUAAGGCACGCAAAAAAUGACCUCGGAUUGAAGGGAGUGGAGAUUGGUACGGAGAUUAAUGGCAAACAGUUGGAUUGUCCAGAAUUUGAACCCUUUUGGAGUGCCUGCGAGGAAUUGGACAUGCCAAUAUUCAUCCAUCCCUUGGGGUAUGGCCUGGAAAAGGAAAACAGCGACCGGUGGGGCAGCUAUUGGUCUGCUUGGCUAAUCGGAAUGCCUAGCGAGACUGCACUCGCCAUUCACGCAAUCCUCUCAUCCGGCAUCCUCGUGCGCCACCCUAAACUUCGACUAUGUUUUGCACAUGCGGGUGGUGCUUACGUGCCUCUUCUCGGACGAAUCCAACAUGGCUAUGACUGUCGACCUGAUCUAGUUGCACAUAGCUCCCAAGGAGUAUCUCCCCAGAACUAUCUUCAGUCCCAUCAACACAAUAUUUGGUUGGAUAGUCUGGUACAUGACCCAGAUCUUCUGGAUUUGAUUUGCAAGAAGAUAGGCCCCGAAAGAAUUAUCAUGGGUAGCGAUUAUCCGUUUCCCCUUGGUGAAAUGCCUAUGCCUGGUGAGAUGUUGACAAAUGACAAGGUGGUGGGCGAAAUGUUCUCACGGGAGACGCGAGCGCGUAUGCUUGCCGGAAAUGCGAUUGAAUUUUUGGGGCUAUACGACAUGUUUUGA